AAAUGCAGGAAGAAAAUUGCCAAGCUGACAGUCUUCUGUACGCAUUCUUUCUCACAAACACACUCUCAUCUUACAAUGAACAAAGUAUUGUGUUUUUACCUAUUAUGCAUGCAGGGCUACCUGCUAACGCUUGCCCUAAACUGUGCAGAUGGGGGCAUGGACUGUGACAGUGGGCACAUUGAAAGAAAAAAGACAAGGUACAUAAACACAGACGAUGAGAGAGGAGCUCACCGUACCCAAGCCAACCUACCAGGGGCCUUUAAAACCAAGGGCUUCCCCAACACUCUAAUUCAGGCGGACAGGUCAAGGCGUCAUCUGAACAGCAAUAAGAAGAGACAGCUGCCUCCUAGAUCAAGAGUAGGCAGUUACUCGCUGCUUAGACACAACCCUAUGAGUCCUCUGCCAGUAAUGAGAGCUCGAAGGCAUGCUCGAACUGCUGAUACAGUCAUGCUGUCUAGAAUGUGAAGCAGGUGCCAUGGAGAAGAGUGACCAGGAAGAACACAAAAAUCACUCGACGGAAUGUUUAUAGGGGAAAAAGUCCAGAAAAAUCCAAAGACAAAUAGAGCGAUGUAUAUUUUAAGUUCAUGUACAUUUAGUUUAUUGGAGUUUUCACUUAUUUACUGUCAUGUAACAUGCUUAUUGAAGGUUUCUUAUGCUUCAAUGUAAUGAAAAAUAGUGGAGAUUAACCUUCAUAUUAUUGUAAUAUGAAGUAAAAGUCAGUUUUUCUUGUCAUCACAGUAACUCCUAUCACAGUCCCUAAUAUAACUUUUAGUAGGUUAAUUGUAGGCAAAAAAAUUUUUUUUCUUCUUGUCAAAUUGUGGACAAUUCCAAGGUUAAAUAGACAACUGUAAUAAUAACUGUAAAACUUAAGGUAUUACUGUCUAUAUUGUCUGGAAAAUGCCAGAAAUCCAAUAUUCAAAUGGUAAAAUACAAGAUCGUACAUUAACGAAGACAAAAGCUCAGCAUUUACAGUAUAGGACACUGGAAGAGGUCAAGUACUCAUUUACUCUUUUGUAGUUUUUUUGGGGAGCGUUAGAUUUUUUUAUAUUUGUUUAUCAAUCAGUAAAAGUGUUACUCAGACCUGAAAGUCAAUCUGCAGCAAUCAAAUACCCAGCUUAAAACAUACCUGUAUAUUUAACUGAAAGUUUUUUUUUUAUUAAAUAUUAUAAAAUAUUUAAUUAAUAUUUUUCUAAUAUACUAAAUUAAAGCUGGUAUAUACAGUAAAGAAUACUUUUCAAAUAUAUUUUUAGAUCAGCUGACUGAUUAUUGUUAUUGCUGAAAUCAUUUAAACAUUUGUUAUAUCAAACUUCAGACAGUGAGAAAUUUAGAGCUGUAUUAAAAUUGACAUGCAUUAGUUUUUUUUUUUUUAUCAUUUAAUUUAAUUCACUUGAGAAAAAUAUUUUGAGAAAUGAGUGCCAAAUCAGACAUAUUAAAAAAGGACUACACAGACUUAAAAUGGUUCGAAAUCUACACAUGACAUCAUUAAUCUGAGUGUGUGUGAAUAAAAUGUAACUGUACCAAUGUCCACAAAUUCUCUCUCUCGCUCAACCUGUUUGGGUGGUUUUUUUUAGUGAUGUGUAUUACUCAGUGAGAUUCACAUGAAUUUUUACUCUGUGCAAACAUCCACAAAACACUGAGAAUAAUCACAAAACACUAAGAAUAAUCACAUUAAAAACAUUAUUUCUGCUAAUUUUAUGUACUCAUUCAGUUAACCUAGAUGUUCUAGAAGUCCUUAUAGCAGAUAAAGUAAACCCAAUGAAACAAAUCAGACAAAUAAAUCAUACUUGGUAUUUUUUUUAUUCAAGAAAAUGUUCCAGUAUUAGAUAUCUGAGCAGCAAAAAUAUAUGAAGAUCUUGGAUUAGUAUUUAAUUUCAAGGUCACAUUAGAGUCCAUCUGUUUUCAAUCAAUGGGAUGACAAUCAGGUGUCUGUGAGUGCCCUGUUUAUUUAAACAACAGAGAUGUAUUAAAGUAUGAUGUACAUGA